AUGAAUGAACAUAUAAAAGUUUUUCUUAGAAUUAAACCCAAUGUGGAAAAUAUUAUAAAAUUGAUAAAUGAAGACUGUACAGUAUAUAAAGUACAAAAUAAUCAGUUACAUUUAUAUGAGAAAAAAAAAAGCUAUAAUGAUAUGAAUGAAUUGAAAACAAAGACAUUCAACUUCAAUCAUAUAUUUGAUAUACAUGUAAAACAAAAUGAGAUAUUUGAUGUCCUUGGAAAAAAUCUUAUAAACAAUUUUAUGAAUGGAUAUAAUAGUUCAAUAUUAGCAUAUGGUAAUACAAAUAGUGGUAAAACAUAUACUUUAUAUGGUGAUAGAAAUAUAGGAGAAGAAAAUCAGAAUUACGGAUUAAUAUACUAUUCCUUGAAAUAUCUUUUUGAUUUAAAAAAUAUAAAUAAAGACACUGAAAUAUCCAUAUCGGUUGUUGAAAUAUAUCUAGAAAAAAUAAGAGACCUAGGGAAAUUAUUUCAAUUAUAUCACAUAUCAACAACUACUAAUGAUACUAUAACUUAUUAUUCUCAAUUUCAUGAUAAUAUAAUAAGAGAGGAUGAAAACGGAAAUACCUAUGUAGAGAAUAUAACACUCCUACCAAUAAAAAAUAUUGAAGAUGUCAAAGAAAUAAUCGACUUAUGCUUCAAAUAUAGAAAAACUUAUUCUACAAAAAAAAAUCGGGUGUCCUCUAGAUCUCAUUGUUUGUUGACAGUUUAUCAGCAUAAGAAUAUUAAAGAAAAAGAAUUAAUUUCACAGAUCAAUUUUAUCGAUUUAGCUGGAUCUGAAAAAUUUAACGAUAUUGAAAUGAUAAAUAAAAAAGAGUUGAUUAAUAUAAAUAAUACAUUAUCAAUUCUUAAUAGGGUCAUUAUGGCAUUAAGUACUAAAAAUAAAAUUACGAAAAAUAUGGAAAAUAAAAUAUGUGGAAAUGAAAAUGUAAAAAUGAAAAUGAAUAAUAUUCCAAAUAUACAUAUACCUUACAGAGACUCUAAAUUGACAAGGUUACUCAAG